AUAACAGGACGGAUGGUGUGUACAUGCAGCUUCUCAACAAAGACGGUCAUACAGUGCAAGUAGAGUAUACAGGACAAGGCAUAUACAUCAAAGAUGGCGGACUGCCUACGUCAUACAAGCUUGACCAGUUUCACUUUCACUGGGGUGCUAUUGACACCCGGGGUUCAGAAAAUAUCAUCGACAACAUCCAUUUUCCCAUGGAGCUGCACAUAGUUCAUCGCCAGAACAGUUCCAACUCAUUUAGAAAUGCAGCUUCUUACCCAUCAGGUCUAGCUGUAAUAGGAUUCUUUUUUAAGGUUGUGGCAGAAGAUAACGAGAGGUUGAACAGGCAUCUUUUACGAUUUUUAUCCAUGGUUAUCCAUACGGACCAGAUGGCUCACAUUCCGGCCUUCGCUUUGUCUGAGAUCCUGCCCGACUUAAACAAUCUGGACUACUACCGUUUCGACGGCAGUCUGACCUAUCCCCCUUGUCACGAGUCGGUCAUCUGGUCAGUGGCCACAGAGUUUAUUCCCAUCUCAAAAUCUCAGUUAAACAUGUUCCGGAACCUCCAAACUCGCGACCAAAAUCCGAUGGUGGAUAACUUCCGACCCCCUCAGAACUUGAAUCAGCGUAGGGUGUACACAACAAAGAAUUUGAAUCAGCGUAGGGAGUACACAGGAAGGAGCCUGGGGGUCGGGAUUACAGCCGGGGAGGGGUGGGUCACAACAAGCCAGAUAAUUUUACUCGCGUACACGACGAGAAAGGUGCUGUACGACCCUCUGCUACCUCGUUUUGAUUUGUCCCAUUAUAACAGGACGGAUGGUGUGUACAUGCAGCUUCUCAACAAAGACGGUCAUACAGUGCAAGUAGAGUAUACAGGACAAGGCAUAUACAUCAAAGAUGGCGGACUGCCUACGUCAUACAAGCUUGACCAGUUUCACUUUCACUGGGGUGCUAUUGACACCCGGGGUUCAGAAAAUAUCAUCGACAACAUCCAUUUUCCCAUGGAGCUGCACAUAGUUCAUCGCCAGAACAGUUCCAACUCAUUUAGAAAUGCAGCUUCUUACCCAUCAGGUCUAGCUGUAAUAGGAUUCUUUUUUAAGGUUGUGGCAGAAGAUAACGAGAAGUUGAACAGGCAUCUUUUACGAUUUUUAUCCAUGGUUAUCCAUACGGACCAGAUGGCUCACAUUCCGACCUUCGCCUUGUCUGAGAUCCUGCCCGACAUAAGCAAUCUGGACUACUACCGUUUCGACGGCAGUCUGACCUUUCCCCCUUGUCAUGAGUCGGUCAUCUGGUCAGUGGCCACAGAGUUUAUUCCCAUCUCAAAAUCUCAG